UCUCUGCUGGACUGGAGGAUCCACACUGCAGACUGGAGAAACUCAAUGUGGAACAUGGUGGAGAGAACAGAAUGAAACCUGGGCUUAGAAAAUAUGUCUGUGAUCUCACACUGGACCUAAACACAGUAAACAGACUCCUCUCUCUGUCUGAGGAGAACAGAAAGGUGACAUGUAGGAGAGAGAAGCAGCCGUAUCCUGAUCACCCAGAGAGAUUUAUGGACUGUGGACAGGUGCUGUGUAGAGAGGGUCUGACUGGGCGCUGUUACUGGGAGGCAGAGUGGACUGGGAGAAAGGCUGAUAUAGGAGUGACAUAUAAAGGAAUCAACAGGAGAGGAUGGGGUGAUGACUGUUGGCUUGGACACAAUAACAAGUCCUGGAGUCUGUUCUGCUCUGACGACAGUUACAUUGCCUGUCACAAUAAUAACUCCACUACCAUAGACGUCCCCUCCUCCAGCUCCCACAGAGUAGGAGUGUAUCUGGACUGGCUAGCCGGCACUCUGUCCUUCUAUAGAGCCUCCUCUGACACACUGACCCACCUGAUCACAUUCACCUCCACAUUCACUGAGCCCCUCUAUCCAGGGUUUAGGGUUUAUGUUGACUCCUCACUGUCCCUGAAAUAA